AUGGUGGGUGUUCAAUCUGCUAGUCAAUGGGAGCCACAUAAACGAAUUGGCGGCAUAAAGGCCGUUGUCCACACAGAUGCAUGGCAAACAUUGGUGAUGUUUAUAGCUUUAGUUGUUGUGGUCAUACUGGGAACGAUAGCGGCUGGGGGACCUGGUCCAGUAUUUAAGAAUGCUUCCGAAGGAGGACGUCUUAUUUUCUUCAACGUAAAUCCAUCACCGUAUGAAAGACAAACAUUUUGGGCUGUUUUGAUUGGUGGAUUCUUCUAUUGGACCGCUUUCAAUAGUGUUAAUCAGACAAUGGUUCAACGCUACAUGUCGCUGACGACUUUGAAAAGGGGUCAAAGUUCGAUUAUAAUCUUUACUUUGGGUGUCGUGCUUUUCAUUUCCGUUUGCUGUUUUGCCGGCUUACUAGUUUUUGAUUUCUAUCAAAAUUGUGAUCCACUUACAGCUGGACUCAUAUCGAACGAUGAUCAGUUACUACCGAUUUAUGUAAUGCAAACUGUUGGUCACCUACAAGGCAUACCCGGUCUCUUUAUUGCCGGCGUAUUUGGCGCAGCGUUAAGUUCGCUCUCCGUCGUACUCAAUUCAACCGCUUUGGUGUUUCUACAGGAUAUCGUGCGUGGCAGCUUUAAAGUGAAGCUCAGCGAACGUGCAACAAACGUGAUCGUUAAAAGUGUAAUAGUCUUUUUGGGUACCGUUGCAAUGGCGUUAGUGUUCGUGCUCGAAAAGUUGAGCGGCAUACUAAGUGUGGCCACUUCGGUGACUGCAAUUGCGGGUGGCACAACUUUUGGUAUUUUCACGCUUGGCAUGUUGGUGCCAUGGAGUAAUACGACGGGUGCCUUAGCGGGCGCAGUAGCUGGCGCGCUAAUGUCCGGUUGGGUAUCAUUAGGUUCACAGGCUGUGAUAGCAGCGGGACGUAUAGGACCGCAGAAAUUGGAGGUUUCCGUAUCGGAAUGCCUUGUUAAUAUCACCGUACCGGAAACAGAUUAUGGUGAUGAAACGGAAGUGUUUCCAUUGUAUCGUUUAUCAUUUCAUUGGAUUACUGUAAUUGGCGUUUCGUCAACGCUGCUGGUCGGCACUGUGGUGUCUUUUCUCACCGGACCAACUGUGGUGAAAAAGUUGGAUGCUGAACUCUUAUCACCCGUAAUUCAUAGGUUUCUUCCGGAAGAAUGUUUCCCACCGCCUAACUCAAAUCCUGAUUUUACCCGAGACAAUAACGCACAGACUUCAAGUCAUCUUUUGGCCAAUGCUGAGCCUUUAAGUGACGUGGGUAGAUAUUAGAUAACAGGUAUACUUUUUCGCAAGCGAAAAUUUACAGGAAUGCCUUACUAUAAGUACCUACAUAAGUAUGCAGUACUUAAUAGAAGUUAGCCCGAACAUGGGAAAGAACAUUCGGAUUGGUCGAAAACGAAAUCCAGUUUGUGAUGAUGUGUACUUUAUAAAAGUUAAACACUGUUGCAUUUGUAGUUACUAUUUAUGUAUAUGUAUGUACAUAUUUACUAGUUAGUAUGUAAAUUUAUACCGUAUUUACACCCAUGGCCAAGUUUGACUAUAUUCCUUUUGUUUAUUUAUUUAAUAUUUAUUUUAAAAUAAGUUCUGAAAAAUAGGAUUAAAAAGUUGAAAAUUUAGAUGCAACUUUGCAGAAUUUUUAUAAUUUUUACACAAAACUUGAUAUAUGAAUUUAUGUGGUUUCCGUUAAAUA